AUGAGAACUUACUCCGAGGAAACGAGGAUCAGGGUCGCGGAAAUUAACCCGAUCAGAUCAUAUUAUGAGACGUCUGCGCAAUUCGAAAUGGGCUACGUCAUGUCGGAGAUACUUGAAAGAUAUCGAAAAUUGGUGGAGAACCUGAAAGGUCCACACGAGAAAAGCCAACGUUCCGAUCAAUUGAACUACGUCAUAAAACGUUGCGAGUACGUCCAGAAACUGUAUUUCGAGAUCUUCCACUUGUGCAACAUGUUCCAUGAGAUAGAGAAGAAGUGGGAGCUACAGCUGAAACUGGAAGCGAAAGGCCCUGAAGACGCAUUGGAGGAGGGCGAAGACUUGGACAUGGACGAACGUCUGAGACGAAUUGAACUUAGCAUAGAAAAGGCAAAGCGAGCUCGCGAAAGAGAGAGAAAGAGAAGAUUGAAGGAACGAAAGAACCUUGAGAAAAUGGGAAAUAUUGCGGAGAGAUUUGGCAAAAAAGACUAUCGCCCCGUCAACAAGUGGUGGCCACUCGACUACGGCUGGGAAAUCGAUUACUAUUGGUGA